AGAUCUUAUCUUUGUCUCUCUUCGUAACAGGACUAGGAGAUGGCUAUAAAGAUCCACUGGGAGAUGUUGAGACUUGGAGUGAGUCCGUGGACAAAGUCCUUGGUUGUAAAGCCGGUCAGAUAGCUUUCCGGGAGUUCCUGAAGUCCCAGUACAGCGAGGAGAACAUUCUGUUUUGGCUCGCCUGUGAGGAGUAUAAAAAAAUCAAGACGGCGCCAGAGAUGAUCUCCUCCGCCAACAGGAUCUACUCCGAGUUUGUCCAAACAGAAGCGCCGAGACAGAUCAACAUAGAUUGCGGCACCAGAGAAAACAUAACAAAGAACAUCUCCAAGCCCUCCCUGACUUCCUUUGAUACGGCACAGAAGCUCAUCUACAGUCUGAUGGCCAGGGAUUGCUACCCGCGCUUCCUAAAAUCUAACAUCUAUCAGGGACUGCUGAGGAGAAGCGAUUCAAGGUGACAGCCUCUCAGAUGGAGGCUCGCCAAAUCUUCUUUCCAACUCUCAUCUGCUGUAUAGCGCUCUUUGAUUUCAGUGUGGAUAUCAGAUUUAUGCCAUACAAUCCAAAUCCCAAGUGUAGCAGAAAUAGCUUCUUUUUUUUCUUUCCUUAACCUGUGUGAUUCAGUAGACAGUUACAUCUCAAGAGAAUUUGCAGCUUGUAUUAUACCUUAUCUCUUUAAUUAUGUCAAGGUAAAAUCUAUAAAGGGAUUGUGCACAUAAUGCUUGUAUGAUUACCUUUUUUUCCCCUCCAGAUUAAUUAUUAAAAAGACUCAUUGUAAAGUAUUAUUAUCACUUUAUCUGAUUGAUUAUACCAAUAUAAAUCCAAAUAUGCUUUAAAUUUCAAGUGCAAAUAAAUAUGUGAGUGUAUUGCUAUGCUUCUGUUUCAGCUUUUCUUGCCUGAUUUUUGGUAUAUCUAACUAAACAUAAAUCAGUUGAAUGACAUUUGAGUGUGGCCCUCUUGAAUGUGAUCCAAAUCACUUUUGUUGUCGUCUAACCCUAACCCUAACCCUAACCCAUCUGUAUACUGUAAUACGGUCAUUGGUUGUAAAAAAAAAAACACCAGAUGGCAACAAAGUCCUUCAUGCAGCAUCAUUCUGAAAACAAGAAGAAGCAACUGAAAACGAAAAAGGGAAAAACUGCCUCACACUUCCUUUCUGUCUUUGUGUGGUUUACAUCUCUGCUGCAUUUUGUACAUUGUGAGGAGGAACCGCAUGAACGUCUUCAUUUAAAUUAGCCAAAGACCGAGGCGUUUAUGCAUCAUGAAAAAGUACAAGGAGGGUUCUAAUAAUCUGAUGUAAUGGGAAAAUCCUCUUUAACUAAGCUUAUUCCCCCUUAUUUAAAUCUACCAUAAAAAAAGAACAGUUUAUAUUGUAUCUAUUUAGAGUUCUUCAUAGUGUCAGACAGUAGUCAUUGCUUUAUCUGUUUGUUUUUUGCCUUGUCAUGGCCAGGACAUGGCGGAUUAUACAAACUUGUGUCAUCGCCUACUGUAUGUAAAACGCAUGCAAAUACAAAGGAGCACAA